AUGGGCAAACUAACUAUCAAGGUUCACAAAUGCGAGCUCUACCGCCCCGUCAGCAGUGGUAACUGGGUCGUCAAUCCACGCGUCACCGUUGUUGUGGACGGCACGUAUCGGUUCCAGACAACCCUAAAGAAGAACACGUUUCAGCCACAGUUUAGCGACUCCUUCGUUGUGGGCAACACACACCGGCUGGCCGUGAUUGAGCUCUCCGUCUAUGAUGUCCAGGAGCCAUCGGGCUUGGUUCUGCCAGGGAUAGGUGUCUUGACGGCGAAGCGAGGUGUGGUGCGGGGAGUCAACUGCACCGGGAUAGAUGAGGGCGAAUUUUUCGGUGCCUCCUCAACCGGCCCCACCGGUGGUGGCGGCGCCGCCGGCAGUAGCGGCAGCACAUCAUCGUUGUUGAAGGCACGACUCCCGGUGUUGCUAGGGCGGUGCUACAUAUCCAUUGAGCGUUUGGUGCACCACGAGCGGAAGCGCCGCAAGUACUACCUCGCCACGCCACUUCCACCCGUGUCUGCAACGGCUAUGGCAGGGUGCAACGUAUAUGCGGGUGCUUCUGGCAUGGCCUCGAAUGCAACCACCUCUGGCACGUCUUCAGCUGCUAUGGUGAACGACAACGGUCCCUCACUUCUACAGCAAACCAUUCCGACAGGCAUUGCCGGCACGAUUACAAUCUCUCUCGAGUCUGACUCCCUUGGCGAACCCGCGUCAGAGCUGAGCCUCAGCGAGCAACUCGAGGCCGCCUAUGUGCGACGUCUGCGUCGCUUUCUGCUCUGCUACGAUCCGCCUAAGGUGGCCAUCCUGGAUGUAAUGAUGGCGCAUGUGCGCGACACAGCAGAGCUGUACCCUCGGAACAACGGCAACAAUACGAGUACAGUGGCUCUGACGGACAAAAGUGCGCCAGCGCUGUGGAGCAAUGGACAGGAUCAGUCCAGCUCCACACCCACUAUUUCGAGCCCCAUCACAUCGCAGUGUCCUCGCGGCAAAAGUGUAACAUCGCGAGAGGGCGGCGCCUCACCCCUCCUAGUGAGCUCGCGCAACCACGACGACUAUCAGACGCGGACUCCGCUAAGUAGUCGCCCGUAUCUCCUCAUGCCGCUUGACUCGCGGGUGAGCCCGUUCAGCAGCAGCGUUUCUCCCCUCGUCGUGGUCACUCCACGAAAACGCAGCGUGUGCCUCGGAGGCCGAGCAGAGCUGACGGUGGAACUCCCUGAUGAGCGAGAAACCUUCGAGGAAAUGAUGAGCCGGCUCUGCGCCGAGUACCAAGCGAGCGAACCGGGCGACUUCCGCGCCGCGAUACGGGUUGACGGUUGCACAAACAUCAACAAGGAGGACUGGAAUCAGUCGCUUCUUGGGUCCGACGAUGUCUUCAUCAUCUUACGCAGCGAGGCGGAGGAAUUUGUGACGAACAUGGCUACGCUGCAGAACACCGUUGUUUGGGCGGAGGCGAACACCGUGGCCAUGGACGUUAUCAAUCCGCAGCACUUCUAUGUGACAGUCAUAUUGAUGGGCCGCUGCGGAGCAAAGACGUACGAGAUUGGCCGCUGCAACGUUAGCGCUGCGCCGCUCUCGCAAGGAUACAUCUCACGCCGCAACAUGUUUCUGUGUAUGGUGGAGAGCGUGACUCAAGUGGUGGUAAGCGGCCUGGUGCACCUCCUGGUGCGUCCCAUCAACUUCGGUCUCACUUCGCCUGACAUGGCGGAAAGCGUUGAUGAUUUCUAUGAACGACUCGGCCGCUUUUUUAAGCGGUACGACCCCAUUCAGUUGCCGUUGGUGGACGUGUUGGCACGGAGCCGCCUGGGUGAGAUCGACUCGUACAUGAAUGAUUUGGUGGUCCAAUACGGCCGAGAGCCGGGGACGGUGCGCAUGCUAGUCGCCAUCGAGUCACUUGUCUCGUUGCGUGAGACCGCUGACAUGGAUUUGAGUGGACAGGACGUUUGCGUCCUGCUCACAAUGGGCACUUGCAGUGUGCGCACCAAGGCAUUUGCUGUCCGCCAGUUUGCACCUACCAGUGUGCGGGAGAACUACGUGUUCGACGUGGUACGUGAGACCGACCUCAUCCGUAUUGAGGUGGUGAAUGCACAGUGGGACGACGUUGUGUACGGCCGCGUCGACUUUAGCUGUCUGAACACGCAGCGCAGCGUCAUGAACAAGCGUGACUUGUACCUCGUGGGUGCAGCUGGAACGCCAGAGGCGUAUUUCAGCGGCAUCGUCCGCGUAAACCUGUACAGCGACGAGGUGGGGCACAACUAUGAAGUGGACCUGAGUCUCGAAAACACCUUUGCCGGGCGACUGCGCCGCUACGCGUACCGCCACAUCCCUGAUAGCCUGCACCGCGUGAAUAUAGCGGUUGCAACAGUGUUCGACAUGGAGUCCUUUAUGGCGCGGCUGGCCGUCGAGUACGGCGACGAAGACCCCACCUACGCUCUCUACUUUACUGUCGUGGGAUGCCGUCAGCUGCGUUCUGGCCUUAGUGGCAUCAACCCUUACGUGGUGGUGCGUGUCGGCAUCGACGCUUAUCAGACAAAGACCGCGAGAGCGACUGUGGAGCCCGACUACUUCGAGUUUUGCCAGUUCUACUACGAUCGGCCUGAGGACAUGGCCAUUACGCUCGUGGUGAUGGAUCAGGCAGACAUCGGCAGAGACGAAGAGGUCGGCCGUGCGGUGAUCCCUUUGGCCAAUGUGCAACCGUCGCGGCAGUACAACGAUUGGCUUCCUGUCCUCUCCGAGAAGAAGAACGGCAAGAUGCGGGAGGUGGGCAGGAUUGGGUUCAAGUACACUGUGGUGGACCUAAACCUGGUGGACCGCACACGGGCACGCCUUAUUAAGGAGCAGUGCCGUGAGCGUGAGGCACGCCGGCCUAACGUAAUGCGAGGAAAAAGAGAUCCCCGGAGCCCAAGUAUGGGGCAAAUAGGGGGAAGCGGGACAGACCCGCUUCCCUCCAGUGGGACCACAAGCGCGGGGAUCAGCUCUAGUGUUUCGCAGCGGUGGAGUAAUUUGAAGAGGUACUUGCUUCAAGGCCACCUCACGACGAACUCGAUGCGAAUGGUGAGCGACGUCAACAGCACCUUCGAUGAUUCGGACCGCUAUGAGCAAACCAUGAAUGAAACAACAACCUUCGGUGUGACGUGGCGGGAUACGAGUCCCUCUAAGUCCGGUCGCUCCCUCGUCAAUCGUACUCCCACCAUGAACCUGAUGGAUCGUGGCAUCACCUCUGUCGAGGAGUUCUGCUCCGCCGAGGUCAGUCAGCCGAACUCCGCGGCGCUUUCCGAUGCGGAUGCGGACCUGCCCGCCUCGCUAGAACUGACGUAUCGGCCUCCGACCUACGGAGGAGAUGUGCUGACUGAGUCCUCUGCCCCCCUCGACAGCAAGGGCAGUAAUGAGAAGAGCUCUGCGACGCGCAUGCAGCUGCGUGUACGCCUGCUGAGCUGCACAAACCUCUUUAAACCUGGACGCAACAUGCCGAACCCGUACGUGCUGCUCUCUACCAUCUGCGAGUCCCACCGAUCUCGGGUGCAGUUCUCCACCACAGAGCCACUGUUUAACGAAGCAUUUCUGUUCACUGUUGAAGACCCAAGCAUCGACUACCUCUCCAUCACUGUCCUCACCGACACGCCUUACGGGCUGAGGAAGCUGGGCCACUGCACGCUGUCGAUGCGCAACGUGCAGCGCGGCGUGAUGCGGACGCGGUGGACGUCGCUUGUCAUUCAUCCCUUUGAGGCAACCGCAAUGGAGUGCGGCUUCGUGUACCUCUCGCUUGGCGCGAUCAACUUUGGCAUGAACUAUCUGCCCUCCAUGGACGCCGAGAACCGACUACGGGAGAAGAUCCGCGAGUACCUCAGCAUGCACGCGCCGCGACAGCUCCACCGCUUGGAGUGGUACGUCGGAGAGCUCUCGCAGGUUGAGAGCAUCCUGCUCGGGGACUGGUUCCACGACAACGGUAGUGACACCGGCGCCGAUGACACAGACACGCGCGUCGCUGACUUAGAGGUGGCGGUGCUGGGGGUGUCCCAUCUCUACUCCAGUGGCUUUCUCGCCGAGGGUUUCUGCGUCGUGAAGGCGAAAGUGAAUGGCCACACGCGAGCAAGGACAGAGCCGAUCACGGGGGAGAGGGGCAACUUUGUCGUCUCGGAUGCUCAAGACCAGCUGCGCUUCUCCGUUUCCGAGCCGACGACGACGCUCGUGCGACUGAGCGUCGUGCUGAAUGGUAAAACGAAUGCCGGGGAGUGCUACAUAUCCUUGGCCGAUCUACACCGUGGCGUCGCGAAGGAGCGAACGCUAAUGCUGGUGAUGGAUUCACGCACCUCGCACGCUGUGGCGGUGGGGUUUAUCCGUGUUUCCGUCUUAUGCAGAAACUACGGCAGCUCAGCCCCGGCACCGACAGAGGAGGAACUGUCGCUGCACUCGCGCCUGACCCGCUUUUUCUACUACUACAUCCCGACCGAGUUGGCGAUGGUGGACGUCAAGUACGCAACGACGUUGAACGUAGCGGCAUACCUGAACCGCAUGGUGGAGAAGUACGGCCCGGAGCCAGGUGAAUACAACCUUCACUUCACAGUUGACCGUUGCCGCGCUCUCGCCUUUAAGAAUGGCAAAACACCGCUGAACGUGUUCUGCAUUGUCCGUGCCGGGCUGCAGGAGUUUCGUAGCUCGAUUGUGGAGUGUCGCGAUGAGUGUGUGAUUUCCGAGAGCUUUGACCUCGUUGUCGGCCUCCCGCAGCAGGAAAAUGUAGAGCUGAUUCUGAUGCGUUACUACCCGUCGAAGCAGGUGGAGCUGGCCCGCACGCAGGUGGAGCUGCGGACUCUGCGGCAAGCCGAGGAGAAUCUUAUGGAGCUGGCGCUCGUCAGCCACGCUGGGACGAAGGCGGCGGGCGUUUGCGGCGUCCUGAAAGUCUCCGCCUUUCCUGUAGACUUUGGCAGUGAUGACCAGAUGCACGCACGGUCACAAUCGGCGUUUGCCUACGGCAUCGAGGGGUCGUCAGCCCUGGCCCAGACAACGUACCUCUUCGCGUCGCCGAUGAUGGGGGCUGCCAGCACAUUCUCUGCUCUUCGCAGCCAUGCGCCGAGCGAGAAUGACGCUGGUAAGGAUCCGUCAGAUGUGGAGCGCACGCCGCUUCAACCGGGCAUGGCGCCCUUGAUGUCGACCGCUUUUAGCGGCACCUACAGGGAGAAGGGUGGGUCCGUGCCCCCCGUGGUCCGCAGCAGCAUCUCAGGCUCCGUCACCAUCGUUGGUUUUGCCGGGCUGACCAUUCAUGAUGCUGAGAUCUACAUCCGCGUGUCGGAAGGCGGCACUGUGCUGCUCAAGACGAAGCCGAUCCCGGCUGAUCAGCUAGUCUCCUUGGAGGCGAGCACGACUACCUUCACGAUUGACAACGUGGCCGCUAACUAUGACAAGCAAUAUACUCUCAAGCUUGGGUUUCGCAAGCUACUGGGCGCCGAGGCGCUGUGCCACGCUGACUUCUGUAUCCUACGCUGCCCUACUGGCAAGACGGUGGAGAAACGUCUGCGUCUCUACGACGUGAACUCAGAGUUCUUGGGCAUUUGCCGUCUGAGUAUAUCACUGCCAAAAGUCCAUCUGCCGGUGCCGCCACUGCAGCACCUCUCUCCUGCCAUCUUCGAGCCGCUCAUGGACGAUGUCGCUUCGCUGGUGUCGACCUACAUGCCGAAGGAUUUGCGGCGACUAGAUCUCAUCCUGUGUCAUGCCCCGGACAUUCGUCAACUGCAUCGCGCAUUGCGGCUGCAGCUCGCGCCCAGCGUGGUGGCGACGGUGUACGUAGCGAUCCAUUCACUCGACCUGCACUCCACGACGAUGCGACACUCGUGCGUUGUAACAGCGUCUGUGGGGCACUUCACCUCGGAGGCAGCGCGGCGGCAGCCCGGUGCGUCCCCGGUGUACCCAUACGGCAUGUCCAAGGAGGGUGUCUCGAAUCUGGAUUUCCCCUUGCUGCGUAUCGACAUCAGCGCCACUGGACAGGCCGCCACCUUGACGCUGUGUGUGUACGACCGCGCCUCCAAGUCGAAAUCGGAAGAAGUCGGCCGCACUGUGGUGUCGCUGAGAGCCCUGCUCACGCCUGCCGUCUUUGACAUGCUCGAGAAGGUACAGGUGCCGCUUGUGUCGGUGCGCCACGCUGCGAAUCGCGUCCAUGCGAGCUUGGUCGGUACCAUCACGUUCAGUCUCAUACCCCCUGCGUUCGAGAGCUAUGGUGCCUCCGUGCGCUUCUCUUCGAGCGCAAUGGAUGGCUUUGAUCGUGCAUACGUCCGCUACUACACCGAUCGCAUUUGCCGCCUGCUGAGUCACUACGACGCAAACUCGCUUGUAGACAUUCAUGCACGCCUGUACGAGUCGUAUGUUUCCUGCAAUUGCUGGGAGACCGGACUAUCGGCGUGCCUGGCCGACCUGGUGGUCAGGUGGGGAAAGGAGCUGGACCCUUGCGAGCCGCCACCUGCACUGAAGAGCCAUGAUGACACACAACACAACAAGAGGGUGUCUGUGGUGCACAGAGGCAAAAGGGAGUCAAAUUGA